UUCAGUCACAUGAUCAGAGGCCAGCUGAUUGUCGCGGAGAGAGAGAGAGAGACAAGAUCACGACCAUCGGAACUCGACCACGGCUUCAAAUCCUGCACGAAAAACAACGGGUUUUCUGUGUUACGUGUCUAGUUUAUUGAAAUAGAAUACAGGCUAAGGUUUCAGUGUUUGUUUUAGGAAAAAGGUCGGCAAAAAGAAAUCCACAAUCAUCGACCAAAGGACGCGAAGAUGUCUGGAAAAGAAAGGCUCGACGUGUUCCCCUCCAGAAUGGUUCUGACCAUUAUGAAGGCUCGGCUCAAAGGGGCGCAGACCGGCCGCAACCUGCUCAAAAAGAAAUCUGAUGCCCUCUCCAUGCGCUUCCGUCAGAUCCUCCGCAAAAUUAUCGAAACUAAGACUAAGAUGGGAGAGGUGAUGAGAGAGGCGGCUUUCUCUUUGGCUGAAGCCAAAUUUACAGCUGGAGACUUCAGCGCAACUAUCAUCCAGAAUGUCAACAAAGCCCAGGUGAAAGUCCGUGCCAAGAAAGACAACGUGGCAGGUGUCACCCUUCCAGUUUUUGAACACUACCAAGAAGGCGGGGACAGUUAUGAGCUCACUGGUCUGGCCAGAGGAGGAGAGCAGCUCUCCAGGUUGAAGAGGAACUAUGCCAGAGCUGUUGAGCUGCUGGUGGAGUUGGCCUCCUUGCAGACAUCUUUUGUCACUCUGGAUGAAGCCAUAAAGAUUACCAACCGCCGUGUGAACGCCAUUGAGCACGUGAUUAUUCCCCGGAUCGAGCGCACCCUCUCCUACAUCAUCACAGAACUGGAUGAGAGAGAACGUGAGGAGUUCUACAGGUUGAAGAAAAUCCAAGAGAAGAAGAAGCAGCUCAAGGAAAGGACAGAAUUAGAGAUUGCCGCCCGCCUGGCUAAACUGGGUCCCAUCGCAGAGCCCACCAACAUGCUGAUGGAGGUGACGGAUGAAGACAUGCUGUUCGAGUGAAGCGCUCUGAAGGCGGACAAGACACCGACUUCACACUAUAUCCUAUUUAUUCUGUGCCUCUUAGGCCAUGUCUAUGUCUUCUCAUGCAGCUGAUGAUGAAAGUUGUUUUCUGUGUACUUGUCUGUGAUGAUUUGUUCUGUUUCUUCAGUGCUGGAAGGUACCGUGUGUUUCCAGAUUUCAUCCCUGUACAGAACCAAGGUGUCGUCUCACUCUGGGCUGUUCACCCUCAGGGGACUCGGUUCAGCUUACGGUUGUUGUAGAUUUCAAAGUGUGAGUUGUGGAGGUUGGUGUUACCUCAUUCGAGGAUGUUUACCAUUGAACCAGAAAACCCUAAAGUGGCCCUGCUGUAAAACAAGUCGACACAGCCUCAAACUUCAUUCAAAUAAAUGUGUUGUCACUAUCCAA